AUGCCUGCAUCUGUAUUGUUACCCACUGCCGUGCCGGCACUACCCGAAAGCUGGACCCCAUCUUCUAGCUCAUCCAAUGCUUCCUCACCAUCGCAACGCCGCCUAAUCCCUGCUGGCCCCGCGUACUUUGCGCACAUACAGCGCAAAGUACAGAACCUGUCGUUUGAGGAGUUUGAUAAGCGCGCGGAUGAGGAAGAGGCGAAGCGUGCGGGUGCUGGUGGCGAGGGUGUCGAGGAUGAUCUCGGCGUCGGCGACGAGCCCGAAUCGCCGGAGUUGUUGUUGCUCGACCCCAAGGAGUGGAAGAAACAAGAUCACUACGCGGUGCUCGGCUUGUCAAAACUGCGCUGGCGUGCAACUGAUGAGCAGAUUAAAAUCGCUCAUCGCAAAAAGGUGCUCAAGCACCACCCAGAUAAGAAGGCUGGCGCCGUCGGCGAGACGAACGAUGAUGCGUUCUUCAAAUGCAUCUCGAAAGCGAUGGAGGUGCUUUCCAACAAGGAAAAGCGUCGCCAGUACGACUCAGUCGACUUCGGUUUGAUCGCCAUCGAGGGCGAAGUUCCUGAACCCAAGGAGAUCUCCAAGGCAAAAGACCCGAACGCCGCUUUCUUCGAGCUUUACGGCCCUGUAUUCGAGCGAGAGGCCCGUUUCAGCCGCACGCAGCCUGUCCCCAUGCUGGGCUCUUUCGACGACAGCAAGGAGCAGGUCGAGGGCUUCUACGACUUCUGGUACAAGUUCGACUCAUGGCGCAGCUUCGAGUACCUCGAUAAGGAGGUCAACGAAGGUAGCGAUAGCCGCGACGACAAGCGCUACACUGAGAAGAAGAACAAAACUGAGCGUGCCCGCCGCAAGAAGGAAGACAUCGCGCGUCUCCGCACCAUUGUCGACAACGCUCUUUCUGUGGACCCUCGCAUCAAGCGUAUUAAGGAGGAAGAGAAGGCAGCACGCGAUGCAAAGAAGAAGGGCAAGACCGGUGCUGGCGGCGCUGCAUCUGCGAAGGCCAAGGCGGAGGAGGCCAAGCGUCUGGCCGAGGAGGAGGCGAAGAAGAAAGCAGAGGAAGAGAAGGUGGCGCAGGCGGAGGCGAAGAAGGCCAAAGCUGCUGCUGCAAAUGCGGCAAAAAAGGCACGUCGUGCCGCGCGCCAGGCGGAGGAGGGCGCUCCCGCGUCAUGA